AUGAAUAAAUUCUUCUGCUAUAGCGAUAGUCGUAAAACUAAACUUAACGGAAGUGGAUUAGGUGAACAAGAUGAGAUAUACCAACGUCCCAACUAUGGAGGGUUUGGCAGCGAUGGAUUGGAAGAAUUCGAACUCGGUGAGCUCGAUCGAAUUCCCAACUGUAGACAGGUUUUCGUAAAGACGCCGGCGAUUGCUACAGUGGACACAUUCGCUCAGUGGAACUUCCUGCUGCCCACUAUUCCCUGGCCCCACACCUUUAACCAAUAUCUAGGUCUCGAGGAUGAAUUUUUGGUGAAAGCGCUCUCGGCCCAUAUCCAAUCACUGAUUGCACUACAAAUCGGACCAGAUGAGUUCUGGAGUAUGCUGUAUAGUGCCUAUCCAGGUAUCGAUAUUAGCUUAUGGGACCUGACAGGCCUAUGUUUGGUUGGACACCUUUUUCAAAGGAUUGACCAAACUCAACUAAUCUAUUUUCUCAACUCACAACCGGAAGAAUCGCAAUUCAGAUUGCGCCGCCUUGGUGAUCAUGGAGAAACAACUAUUGGUCUUUUGUUUGCUCAUGACCAACAAGAUAAAAAUUGGUCCUGCGUGGUCCCACAUGGGUGGGAACUUCUAUUACCUUCAGGCCAUACGUUGCGAUAUGAUAGUGGGGAGUUGAUACAUACAUCUCGAGACCGCUUCUGGGCAGCCCCGCACCCAACAAAUGCCUUGCUGUUUCUCAGAUUUGCUUUUGCAGGUGUGGAGGGUUUUGCCGCGUAUGACAAUGAGAAGAUAGAAAGUGCCACGAGAGAUUAUUGGUUGCAUGACUGGGCGACUGUGUGGGGGGAGGAUUAUAGGCCCCGCGAAUACCUUGAAUUGUUCGACACUACCUUCGGGCUCGAUGAUAGCUUUGCAUUCGACCCCAACUUAGAGUAUACCACUCAAAAUUUCGACUCCAACUUUGAGUUCAAUCCUUAUUUUAAUUUCGACACCAAUACUGAAUUUUAUGGCGGCUUCGACUCCGAAUAUCUCUUAGUGCCGGCCAACAGUUUCAAUUCCGAAUACCCCACAGCCUCCGAGGGCCUCAAUAGCAUCCAUAGUUCCGGAUAUGAUCUUUUCCACAAGGGCGACAGUUUCGGCUCCGAUUUCCCUCCAACAUAUUACGACAGUUUCGAUUCCGAGUAUACUCUGGUUCAGAAUGACGGUUUCGAUUCCGAAUGCACUCUGGUCCAGAACGACAGUUUUGAUUCUGAACGUACUCUGGUUCAGAAUGACAGCUUCGAUUCCGAACACACUUUGGUUCAGAAUGACAGUUUCGAUUCCGAACACACUUUGGUUCAGAAUGACAGUUUCGAUUCUGAACACACUUUGGUUCAGAAUGACAGUUUCGAUUCCGAAUGCACCUUGGUUCAGAAUGAAAGUUUCGAUUCCGAAUGCACCUUGGUUCAGAAUGAAAGUCUUGAUUCCGAAUGCACUCUGGUUUCUAGCGAAACUUCCAAUUCAUGCAAUACUCGCUGUGACCUAACCCCCCAAAAAUGUUUUAGCUCUCAUAUUAAUUUCGAUCCUAAGAAACAGACCCAGACCAUACCAUUGGUUGAAUCUGGUGCGGAAAAGAUCCAGGAUAGCAAAGGCCAAAUAUCUGAACACGAUCUAACUUCCCCAAAUAAAAAUAACGAUGAAGAGUAUAGACUAUCAAGCCUGUUCCCUUCUAGAAUCCGGAAGGGCCAUUUUGGCGAAAGGGAGCAGAAUCAUGAUAGCUCAACUGGCGAGAACGAUCCCAAAGUUUGUGGCUUGCCUUCUGUUUACGGAAACAGAGACAACGGAACGGAACCCAACAAAACUCUCGUUCCCGAAAAUUAUAACUACUUCUUUGGGGGGCAGGAUCAAAAGUCCGUGGAUUCGGAAGGCAUGGAACGUAAGAUCUACGAUUAUAUAUUCUCAGCAGAAGAAAAUGGUAUACCAGGGAGUUUUUACCAAACCUUCCUCAAAACACCCAUCCCUAGUGGCGCCGGGGAGAGAAAGGGUGCCAAAAGGAAAUACGUUGACACCAGCACCCGGAAAGAAUCUGAGUCUUCAAAUGAUUCAGGCAAUCUAGAAAAGAGAACGGCGGAUGCAAAUUGCUGUUACCACAAGGUUUCUCCACUCGAUAAUCACGAACCUACCGAUGUGAGCCCGCUAAAGCGGCAUAAAAUUUGGAAACCGAAACCCAAGAGGAAGAACUGUGAAGCAUUAGAAGAGCCGCCCAAUGCCAAGAGGCAAAGAAGCAACAGUGCAGUGAAUCCGAGUCGCAAAAGAAAGCUGGACGCCGAUGAAGAUUCCGGUUCUCAAAAGAGGCGGCACGGGUCUCACGAUGAGCCUUCAAUUGAUGCCCUCUUCCCCCCUGGUUUUUUUGAUGAGUUAAAACAAAAAGGCCAGAAGCGGCUUCCAAAUAGUUUCAUCCUUUAUCGUAUGUGGAUGUGUCGAAAAUCCAAAGGUCGUAAAACCUCGACUAUCCAAAUGUCUCGUGCCGCUGGUCAGUCCUGGCGAAUCCUUCCUCCAAUAGAGAAGCAGUUGUGGUUUGAACGAUGGAGCAGACUGAGAACCGCCCAGAAAAUACUUGUUCCAGAAUUUCAGUAUAAUGCCCCAAGAUCGAAUGCGACCAAACGGCGCCGACAGAAUGCAAAAGAAGACCCACCUCUCAAUAAACGUAUUAAACUAUCGGUGGUAGACAAAAGGGCGCCGACAGAGAAAUCGCCACCGACAGGGAAACCACUAGCGGCAGGGAAACCAGCAGCAGCGGCGGCGGCAGAGAAACCACCGGUGGUAGAAAAACCACUAGUGGUAGAGAAACCACCAGUGGCAGAGAAAUUACCAGCGGCAGGGGAUCCGAAGUCACCGGUGCUAAAAAACCUAUUAGCUGUAGGGCCAUCUAAGAAGCGCAAAAUAGGUCAGGAUUAUGAAACCAAAUCGAUUCCUCCGAAUCCAAAGCAGUUGGAAACAAUUGAACAGCAGAAGGAACUACCACGAGAAAAACGACGAAAACGUUAUGUCAGGGAGAACAAGGAAAGAGAGGAGUUGGGGACUUUAGUUGACGGUAGCUGCGGGCCUGAAAUCAAAAUCUUUCAAUAUCAACCACAGAAGCUACUGUGGAAGCCAAAGAUUUUGGCAAAGACCCACAAGCCGAGUCCAACAGUCCCAAAGGCGCCCGAGAAAAAGCAUUCCCUAAUAGCACCUUCACUUCGAGUGCCUGAAUUCGAGCCUGAGAAACAGAAACCUCUUGCUCAUAAAGAACAAGGAAAUGCGGGGUCAGCAGUGGUAGCGCCGAAUCAAAGCCCGACACACUGCCCUCAAGAUGAGGAUGUCCUGGAAGCGUUUUACACACAUUGGGAUACGAUGGAUGACCUGACAUUAGACCAGAUCUUGGAUCUGGAUACCAUCAGCAAAGAAACAAUCAUCCCAAUGUCUGAAAUUUAG